UCUCUCUCUCUCUCUCUCUCUCUUCUCUCUGAAAUGUUUUCGAAAAAUCGUUUUCUUAUCAAGAAUAUGUGUGUCACAGUGUGUCAUCUACAUGUGUGCGUGUGAAAAUAUUUCAAUAAUAAGAUACAUAUAUACAUAUUUAUAAAUUAAACAAAAAAUCAUGCGCAACUGAGCAGUGAUUUUAUCGAUAGUCGGAAAAAAGAUGUCAUUUUAGUUUGCGAAAUGGACGUGUGGUGACUUGACUAAACUUUAAAUCCGUGGAUGUGAUGUAAGGUCUCUGGUGUACACGUCAGAACGUCAUAGUCAACAGUGUGUGUCAUUUUGUUUUGGUGUCAUUCUUGACAGAUUAGCAGGCGGUCUCCGGUUAACUUUUAGAUUUCUAAGGAUUCCCUUUAACUAAAUUAUCAGUGUUAUGGCACGCAUCCUCUGAUACAUAGGGUGUACAAGAAGUUCGCGUAAAGCUCGAAUAAAGUAUGGAUGCCAAGAACGAAGAGGCGCAAUCCACGACGGACGCGUCAACGCCGAGCGAAAAUCGUAAUCGUAACAAAGUCCGCAGGAGGAAUGUGCCAACGAAUUGGCGAGCUUCGCGGAUGACAGUUUCAGUUUCAAGGGACAAUUCGUGCGAUCGCGUGCCACUCAUGAUUCUCCCCGACUCCACGAAAGCAUGGUACGACGGGAUACCCGAUGUCAUCGACGCGGCCACGUCAAGUAAACAGCUGAACGGAGUAGUGCUGACUCACGAGGAUGAGAAUCGCGACAACACUUUGACGGAUUCCCUCACCAGUCGCGAGAGGAUGAAGAUGAGCGUUAUCCGCGGUAGCAUCGCCAAUCCGGAUCUCACUCUAGGAGAGUUAAGACUACUUGGGGUCAGCAGCGAAGGCUUCGUUAAUGAUGAUAUACGAAGGGUACUAUGGCCAAAGCUUUUGAGAUUAGUACAAGAAGAGUUUGCACCUGUUAAUGGAUUAGAAACUGUACAUACUUGCAUACCAAAUGAGGUGUACCAACAGAUAUUGAAGGAUGUGGCACGUAGCGGCAGCCAUAUUUCACAGUCUGCAACAGAAAAGGAGACAGAAAGUUUUCAAGAACAAUUAACACAGCUUAUGUGUUGGGUGCUUCAUAGGCAUUCCAAAUUAAAUUACUACCAGGGAUACAAUGACGUAGCAGCAACAGUAUUACUUGUGAUGGGGUUACAAACAGGCUUGUAUGUGCUUGAAAGUAUAUCGGUAGAGUUUCUGGAAAGAUUUAUGGAAAAAACUAUGGAAAAAGUUAAUCAAGAGUUAUUCUAUAUAUUUGCAUUAUUGGAACGAGUGCAUCCAACGCUUCUGGAACAUUUAGAAAAUGUAGAACUGUUUCCGCACUUUGCUUUGGCUGAAUACACUACAUGGUACGCGCAUAAAUAUGCAGAAAACAGGACAUUAUUACAUAGAUUAUUUGAUUAUUUUUUGGGCAGUCCUCCACUCAUGCCUCUCUAUCUAAGUACAGUAAUUGUUGCGCAUAGAGCUACCGAAAUUUUCAAUACUACACCUGACAUGGGACACACACAUAAAAUAUUAUGUACGUUACCUGAUGAUUUGCCAUUUGAGAAGCUUUUAAUAGAAGCAAAGGAUUUAUAUCGACAAUAUCCUCCAGAAUCUAUCACUAAUGAUGUUAGAGAUUAUGAUCAUAAGAGAAAAAUUAAAGAGCAAGAGUGGAAAGCAAAGGCAGAAGCAAGCCGUCAAGAGAGAGAAAGACAACGAAAAUUAAAAAUUGUCCAAUCAACACCAAGGAUAUCUUAUCGUAUUAGAAGUUAUAAAACUAUCACUGUUGUGACAAUUUUAGCUUUGGGAAUAUAUGCCUUCAUAAGAUCUUCGACAGGGCUUAACUGACAUUAAGAGAUAUUAUCUGUUAUAAAAAAAUUAAAUUUUUACACAUUUUUUAAAGCAGAAAAUUUUUUUCUCUACUUCUGAUGUCAUCAAAUAAAGAUUUAGAGAAAAAAUAUUAAGAUUGGGUAAAAACAAAUUUCAUCAAAUAGCAAAAAAUAUUGCUAGGAAAAUAAUUAUAAAAGGUUUGAGUGUCAAUGUUUGUGGCAAAUCUGUUCUAGAAUACAUGAAUCAGAAUUUUAUGCAUUCCUAUGCUGCCUUUAUGCUGUGUUCUUUGGAGAUUGACCUAAACGUUUCGCAUAUAUAUGUUAAAAAAGAAUCAGAAUACAUAAACACUUGUAGAGGAAAAAA